GAUAUCAUCAUUAAUUAUUAAUCUUUGGAAAUAAAAGUUCGCUGUGAUAUCAUCCACAUUAGUGGCUAUUUGUUUCGCUUACGGUGGUGGUGGUGGUGGUAAGUCAAAGUAAUUUUCUGUCACCAUUCGAUAGAAUAAUUUUUUUUUGUUUCUCUUCAAGGGGGUGGUUAUGGCGGUGGCGGUGGGGGUGCCGUCAUGAUGGUUAGCUCGGCCGGAUAUGGGAUGAGCGGUGGUGGCGGUGGAUACAGCGGUGGUGGUGGUAAUUUUAAUACAAAUAGAGCUAAAUUUAUACCAUUUCUAACCGGUAUUAAAACUUUACUUAAUAAUAAAGGGGGUGGUGGUGGAUACGGUGGAGGAGGCAUGGGUGGCGGCGGCGGCGGCUAUGGAAUGGGCGGUGGUGGAUAUGGUAAUAGAGCAAAAUUUAUACCAUUUAUAUCCAGUAUUAAAACUUUACUUAUUAAUAAAGGUGGUGGUGGUGGUGGUGGUGGUGGUUAUGGUGGUGGUGGUGGUGGUGGUAUGGGUGGUGGUGGUGGUGGCGGCGGCGGUGGUCCACAAGUCAUCAAAGGUGCCAUCCAAUCACGUCAAACUUUCGAAGUUCGACCAGUGCCAAUUCAAGUUAGCCAAGGUACCCCACGUAUCGUCGAAUUCGAUGGAGGUUCAGCUCCAUUGAAAUUGCAUUUCAAAUCAGCUGGAGGUAAAAUCCAAAUCAUGCAAUCAAAUAUGGGUGGUUACGGAAAUGAACCUGAAUAUACUCAGUCUGAAGAAGAACCACAACGAUUGAUCCACGAAGUUAAAAAACCAAUUAUUCAGGAAGUACGAGAAAUCAUCAUUCCAUACCGAAAAGUCGUGCAAGAAGUUCGACCUGCCAAAGAGGAAGUCAAAACUAUCGUCAGUCAAGGUCAAGGAGGAGGUUAUGGCGGUGGUGGUGGCGGCGGCGGCGGCGGUGGUUAUGGUGGCUCUUCCGGCGGCGGUGGUGGUUAUGGCGGCUCGUCCGGUGGUGGUGGUGGUUAUGGUGGCUCUUCUGGCGGUGGUGGUGGUUAUGGUGGCUCUUCUGGAGGUGGUGGUGGUGGUUAUAGUGGUGGUGGUGGCGGCGGAAGUGGCGGUUAUGGCGGCUCUUCCGGCGGUGGUGGUGGUGGAUACAGCAUGGGCGGCGGUGGUGGUGGUGGUAAGAAUUGCUACGAAUAUUUGAAAAUAUUCAUUAGAAAUGUUUCUUUUUACAGGUUAUAGUAGUGGUGGUGGUGGUGGUGGCGGUUCUUAUUAAACAUCUUAAACAUUUUUCAAACCCAAAAAAAAUCUGACCUAAUAAAUCAACCGAAAAACAAUCCACUAAGCCAAUUAACAAAAAGCCAAAAAAAAAACAAAAGUACACAUAAGAAGCGCAAGAAUUAUCACCCACAACCUUCAAUUUACAAAUAUCCACCCAUCGAUCAUUCGUCAAAUGAUGAAUUAAUUUAUCAACAAAAAAAAAUCCACACUUCAAAACGCUCAUUCAUUCUCAUGUUUUAUAAUUCAUGAUUUUUUUUCCAACUUCUCUCCUACUCAUUGGUUGGCAUCAUUCAUCAAAUCAAUUUGGUAAAUCGAUAUAUGCGCUAUAUAAAUCAAUCAAUUAAUCAUCAAAGGAAAUGGAUCAUCGUCAUCAUAAUCAUUUUUUUCACUCACUCCAUUCACAUGCUUUAGCCACUAACCAAUAUCACACAUUUUUUUUCUCGUCUCCGUUUAUUAUUAAUUUAUUUAUUAUAAGCAACAAGUGGAAGAAGAAGAGUAAAAAAAAACCUUUUCCAUCGUGUUCCGCUAUACUCUUACCACAUACAUACAUACAUACUAUAUUUAAUUUCGAAUCAUAUUACUACAGAAGUUUGUAAAUAAAAUUUUUUAAAAAAAUGAAUAAACUUUCCUCAGAAAACAAAAAUUUUAGA